UGCCUCCCCCGCCGCUUCCCGGCCCUCCUCCCACACCCUCACCCCGGCUCCGCGCACCUCCCGCCUCCCGCGCUCGCCUCCUCUUCCUCGCCCGCGACAGCCCCGGCAGCGGCAUGGGCGAUACGCCAGCAACAGAUGCCGGGCGCCAAGAUUUGCAUCCUUAGGCCACGCCGAACGCCUGAAGACGAGAGCAGGACCCCGAGAAGGGCUAGGAAGGAGGGGACGGGAGGUGCGGCCGUCCCUCCUAAAAGGCAGCAGCCUCCGCCCCCACGCGAGGGCUCCGCGCCGACCGAGCGCCUGCCCGCUGCCGUUGCCGCCGCCGCCGGCGGGCCCCUCUCCCCAACCAUGCCUGGCCCGGCCACCGGCGGGGGAAAGGUCCCCUUCCGCAACGCCAAGGAGGAAAUCCGUGCGGGGGUCGAAGGCCCGGAGGGCGGCGGCGCCCAGGAGAGGCCGGGAGCGCGCGGCCAGCAGCAGAACAUUGUCUGGAGGAACGUCGUCCUGAUGAGUCUGCUCCACUUGGGGGCCGUGUACUCCCUGGUGCUCAUCCCCAAAGCCAAGCCGCUCACUCUGCUCUGGGCCUACCUCUGCUUCCUCCUGACUGCUCUGGGCGUGACAGCUGGUGCCCAUCGCUUGUGGAGCCACAGGUCCUACAAGGCCAAGCUGCCUCUGAGGAUAUUUCUGGCUGCCGCCAACUCCAUGGCUUUCCAGAAUGACAUCUUUGAGUGGUCCAGGGAUCACCGAGUCCACCACAAGUACUCAGAGACUGAUGCUGACCCCCACAAUGCCCGCCGGGGCUUCUUCUUCUCCCACAUCGGGUGGCUGUUUGUUCGCAAGCACCGAGACGUCAUCGAGAAGGGGAGAAAGCUUGACGUCACUGACCUGCUGGCUGAUCCUGUGGUCCGGUUCCAGAGAAAGUACUAUAAGAUCACCGUGGUGCUCAUGUGCUUCGUGCUCCCCACACUGGUGCCCUGGUACAUCUGGGAGGAGAGUCUGUGGAAUUCCUACUUCUUGGCCUCCAUCCUGCGCUAUACUAUCUCACUCAACGUCACCUGGCUGGUCAACAGUGCCGCCCACAUGUAUGGAAACCGGCCCUAUGACAAGCACAUCAGCCCUCGGCAGAACCCAUUCGUCACUGUGGGUGCCAUUGGUGAAGGCUUCCACAAUUACCAUCACACUUUUCCCUUUGACUACUCUACAAGUGAAUUUGGCUUAAAUUUCAACCCAACCACCUGGUUCAUUGACUUCAUGUGCUGGCUGGGGCUGGCCACUGACCGCAAACGGGCAACCAAGCCUAUGAUUGAGGCUCGGAAGGCCAGGACUGGAGAUGGCAGCGCCUGAACAUGCCCACCGUUGACACCUCUGUUCAUGGCUUUUGUUACUGUAGUUCUCUUGUUUAUUGGGUCACAGGAGAAGGUAGAGGGUGGGGACAGAACGGAAUCUAUGUGGCUUGGGGGGUUUUUUUGUUUGUCUCAAAAUAAUGUCAGGAUACAGCUAUCAAUGAAAAAAAUGUUUUAAGCCAGUGUAACUAGAUUUAACACUAGAGUGAGCACAUGUGACUUAAUUGCUGUAACUACAAUAAGUCAAAUAUACAUUGUCAUGUGCUUGUACAUGAUGUUAAACCUGACAGGAUGAAGGAAUUUAAUAUUCUCUCAGUGUGGUUCAAGAGAGCAUUUUUUUUCUUUUCUACCAGUUGACACAGCAUUAUUUUUAAACACACCAUCUGAAGGAGCAGAGGGGCAGGGUAGAAAACAAAGAGAGGGUCUAAGUGUUGACUAAAGAACGUUCCUGUUUUGUAAUUAUUAUGUUUGUGUUUUUGUUGUUUUAAGUAAGAGAAUUCGAAACUUUAAAAAAUGAGAAUACAGGAAAUGGCUCUCAUUUUUUUUUGCCCUGGUUAGUUUGUUAAUGCUCCACUGUCUUUGCUUCCAAAGAGAUCUGUUCACUGCCCAGCGAGCUUUGUGUCCUGAUUUGUACACCCAGCUGACCCUAUAAAUCAAUACCUAUUUAGGUUUGACUUUGUUUUCUUUGUUACUGUCAUUUUAAAGUGUAUAACUCAGAUGUGCCAGACAUCAAAUUAAGCUCAAAUUAAGCUCUCAAUUAAAUGUUUAGACACCUAAUUUAUAUUCUAAUUGAUCCCAGCUACUGAUGCAUGUACUUUAGCUACUUCUGCUAACUAAGCAUAUUAAUUUUCCACACCAAGCCGUCAGAUCUUAAUAACCAACAGUUAUCUAGAACUCAGUGUCUAUUAAUGUUUCACCUGCAUGUGGCCUUCAUUGAUUUUGCAGCACAAUAUAAAGUGAUCAUUACGUAGUUUCUGGAUUUAAAAAAAUUUUGUGUGUUAAGUUGCCUUGUAAAAAGCAUGUUGAAUUAAUGGGACAGCGUGCCCUUUGUGUUAGAUGCUAGAGCAAAAAAAAGGCAUUGGAGGACUUUGAAGACAGCUCUUUUUGGGAAAGAUGUAGGAUUUAAAGUUUAAAUUGAAAUUUUUAAAACUAGAAGUGAUACCUAUAGGAAAUUGUCAUAAUGAAGUUCUUCAUCCAGCAGGUGUUUAACAGUGUUAUUUUGCCAUUAAUAAUGUGUAAACUAUGAGUGAUUUACAAUAAAUGAUUAUGAAUU